GGCUGCCGUAAGUGAUGUUAGCCGCGGCGACGGGAACGGCCCGGGUUGCUGCUGCGCGAUGAGAAGCCCCUUGUGCCGCCCGCUGAGGGGAUUCCGUGGGCGCCUUUUCCUCCUCGUCGUCCUGCCGGCCGUGUUGGUGCGGCCGGGGCGGGCCUUGCAGAAUGUCACCCCGCAGCUCUUCGGGAACCAGGCCUUCGGGACGCUGGCCGCCUUCGGGGACUUCAACUCCGACAAGCAGACGGACCUUUUCGUCCUGAGGGGAGAUAAUGAGUUAAAUAUCUUUCUGGCAGACCAAAAAGAACCAUAUUUUAAACCCAAAGUGAAGAUACAUUUAGCAAAUGUUGUGAUAACGAGUGUGGUUCCCGGUGAUUAUGAUGGUGAUUCACAAAUGGAUGUGCUCUUGACAACUCACCCACAAAAACAACCCCAUGCUGAUCUAUCAGUUUUGAUUUUCUGGGGAAAUAAUCAAAGUUUAGAUGCAAAUCGCAAGUUUGUAUUAAAUAAGACAUUUCGUGAUGAGCCACUAAUCAUGGAUUUCAACGGUGACUUAAUUCCUGAUAUAUUUGGAGCUACAAAUGAAUCUGAUAAGCCAGAGAUAUUUAUUGGCAGGAAUUUAUCCUGGCAUCCAGCACUGAACACACUGCGCAGCAUGUAUAGACCUCACUCUCAUGCAUUUAUAGAUCUGAAUAAUGAUUUCACUGCAGAUUUGUUUCUUACAACAGUAGAUUCCGGCCAAAUUCAGUUCGAAAUAUGGGUAAAUCAGGAUGGGAAUUUCUCCACACCUACAUUUAAAAAAAAGAAACCUGAAGAUGUUACUGUUGUUGGACAAUCAGUAUUCGCCGAUUUUGAUGGUGACGGUCAGACUGAGCAUUUGCUACCAGCUUGUGCUGAUACAAAAUGUCAAAAGAGUAUCAUCUACCUAUCUAAACCAGGACGGGAUAAAUCAAAUCAAUGGUUUCCAGUGCUGCAGGACUUCACAAACAAAGGCACUCAGUGGGGCUUUGUUCCAUAUGUGGAAGAUUCACCCGAAUUUUCAGUUCCAAUCAGCCUUCACAUUGGAGAUUAUAACAUGGACGGCUAUCCUGAUGCACUUGCCAUACUGAAAAAUACAUCGGGAAGCAAUCAACAAGCUUUCCUAUUACAGAAUGUCGAGUGCAACAAUGCAAGUUGUGAGGGCGCGCGCCGUAUGUUUAAGGUCUACUGGGAGCUCUCGGAUCUAAAUCAAAUCAAAGAUGCAGUGUUGGCAACCUUCUUUGACAUUUAUGAAGAUGGAAUCUUGGAUAUCCUUGUCCUCAGCAAGAAUAAUUCUAAGGGAGACCUUGCCAUCCACGCAUUAAAAAAUAACUUUGAAGCAGAUGCCUAUUUUGUUAAAGUCAUUGUUCUUAGCGGUCUUUGUUCAAAUGACUGUCCUCGUAAGAUAACGCCCUUUGGUGUGAAUCAGCCUGGACCUUAUAUUAAGUAUACCACAGUAGAUGCAAAUGGAUACUUGAAAAACGGUUCAGCUGGACAGUUGAGUCAGUCAGCACACUUCGCCCUCCAGCUCCCAUAUAACGUGCUAGGCUUGGGCCGCAGCGCUAAUUUCCUUGAUCACUUGUAUGUUGGCAUUCCUCGUCCGUUGGGUGAAAAGUCUAUAAGAAAACAGGAAUGGACCGCCAUCAUCCCAAACUCCCAACUUAUAGUCAUUCCAUAUCCUCACUACCUCCCUCGCAGCUGGAGUGCCAAACUCUACCUGACCCCAAGUAAUAUUGUAUUGCUAACAGCUAUUGCUCUAAUUGGAGUCUGUGUCUUCAUCCUGGCAAUAAUCGGCAUAUUGCAUUGGCAAGAGAAGAAAGCAGAUGACAGAGAGAAAAGACAAGAAGCUCACCGGUUCCAUUUUGAUGCUAUGUGACAUGCCUUAAUAGCUUGAAGGAGUGUUGGCUCAGUCUAAAAUUUGUUUGAGCCUAUAGGAAGAGGGUAUUGUUUACUGUGCUAUUUGUAAAUGUUGCAUUGUUUUUAAUUUAUUUGUAAAGUGUUAAAAUCACGCCUAUCUCACAUGGCCUUCCAGUAAUUGGUUGUAUAUAUUUACAGUUUUCUCUUUAGUUAACAAAGCUGUAAAUUCCGCUUUAGUAGUGGGAUCAUGCUGCAUGCAUUCCAUUGUUUGCAUACACUCACUUUCUUCUGCACAAUGUUUCAUGAAAAGGAAGUUAUAUGUAAAUUGAUUUUCAGUGAGCAAAAUCCUUUUAGUGCCACAUGACUAAGCUCUGACACGUAUACAUUCCCAAAUUGUGAAUUGCAUUUUUAUAAUUUACUCUCCAGCAAAUUGUCAGAUGAGACAAGACAUCUCAUGUUAUUCUGACUAUACUCCGGGGUGUUUUAUCUGAAGUGCUCUGGAUUGCGUAUUUUUGUAUUAAUCUUUGCAUCCAAUCAAGUGAGAGGAAAAGUUUUAAAUUGGAAGGGAAAAACACCAUAAUAACUAAUAAAAUCAAAAGAUCUAUUAAUGUAUUAAAACUGGAGAUGCAGGUAUAUAAUUCAACGUUUUAAAUUGUGCUUUUCUAAAAUGAAGUAAUUUUUCAUGACUUAUUCUUAGCUUAAUCAUGAAAACAUUUGACCAAUUACGCUAAGUGAAGUUCUUGAAGAAUGGAUUGGGAAAGAAUGUGUUGUGUGAUAUGAUCUUUCGAAAUUGACUUUUGACUAAGGGCUGGACUAUGGCAAUGUUACAUUUUUCAUGUAAUCUUACCUGAAGCUAUGUUGCAGUACCAAAUCAAUUUUUUGUAUUUGUCAUGACUAUGAGCAAAGAGAAUCCCAUUCUGUUUGAAACGCACUUUAUGUAAUGCAGUUCCUUUAUUCUUAGAGUUUUAUUUAUGACUUAUUAUGCUUUGAAAUUGUUACCCUGUAUUCCUAAUAAACCAUGUCUAUUAAUUUUA